AUGGCGCUCGUUAGUCUCAUACUUCCUCUAUCACCCCGGUUUGUGAGAACCAUACUAGAUCGGGAGGUUGUAGUGUUAGGUAUUGAGUGUGAACUAUGGUUACAUGACAAGGAAUUCCGUUACUCUUUUAAUGGGAAGUUGAACGAAGUUGGAGGUCAGGCCGAAAGUGAUAACAUUAAACUAGUACCUUGCGGGUUAUCCGCCGAUCUGAGUUCAUGUAUUUGGGGUGCGGGAAAUUCUGGAGAGACCGAGAGACUAGCUGUCUGUAUUGAGUGUCUAGGACUAUACCGAUAUUUUAGAGAUUGGAAUGGCACCCUAGGCUUGAGUGAACGCUUGGCGACAAGCCGUGAGCUUUGGUGUAGGCGUGAAGAGGACACGAGCAAGCAAACUGAACGUGAUAACGGGAUGUAUUAUGUAGCAAGUCACCCCCAUAAGUCGGGCACCUAA